CUUAAGUUCUUCAAGCAAGUCCCUUUGGCAUGCUGGGUCGUCCAACAUUCAUAGAACCUUCCUCGACAUACAAACGUAUGUCGGCGAAAGAUUAUAUUAAUCUGCCCGAUAGGGGGGACAAUUCAGUUCUUUUGCAGAAUGGGAUGGGGCUCGAAACAACAAAUCCUUCUUGGAAGCGUUCUUUUCCCCAUGUACUUGUAGGAACCAUUACGUCAUUCUUGUUCGGUUAUCAUCUUGGAGUUGUCAAUGAACCACUUGAAAGCAUUUCUUUAGACCUUGGUUUUGGUGGGAAUAGCUUGGCUGAAGGUCUAGUGGUGAGUACGUGCUUGGCUGGUGCUCUUGUUGGAUCUUUAUUCAGUGGUUCGAUUGCAGAUGGGGUUGGUCGGCGCAGGGCUUUUCAAUUAAGUGCUUUACCAAUGAUUAUUGGUGCUGCCGUGAGUGCAAUGACAAAAAAUUUGGAGGGUAUGCUUCUUGGGAGGUUCUUAGUUGGAACUGGAAUGGGUCUGGGCCCAACUGUUGCAUCUCUAUAUGUGGCAGAGAUUUCACCAUCUUUUGUGAGGGGUACUUAUGGAAGCUUCAUCCAGAUUGCAACAUGUCUUGGGCUUAUGGCUGCCCUCUUCAUUGGCAUCCCUGUCAAAGAAACUGUUGGUUGGUGGCGGGUGUGUUUCUGGGUAUCUGCCGUUCCUGCUGUAAUACUUGCUCUUGCUAUGGAGUUCUGUGCAGAGAGUCCCCAUUGGCUUUAUAAGCGAGGAAGAUGUGCAGAAGCUGAAGUUGAAUUUGAGAAGCUGUUAGGAGAAUCACAUGUCAAAUCUGCAAUUGCUGAACUGUCAAAGUUGGACAGAAGUAAUGAUGUAGAAGAUGUAAAAUAUUCAGAGUUAUUCCGUGGUCGCCAUUUCAGAGUUGUUUUUAUUGGGUCAACCCUAUUUGCUUUCCAACAGCUGUCUGGUAUUAAUGCUGUAUUCUAUUUCUCUUCUACCGUCUUUAAAAGAGCGGGAGUACCAUCAGACCUGGCAAACAUCUGUAUAGGAGUUGCAAACUUGUCUGGUUCAAUUGUUGCGAUGACUUUGAUGGACAAAAUGGGAAGGAAAGUGCUUCUUCUUGGGAGCUUCAUGGGCAUGGCAGGAGCGAUGGGUCUCCAGGUUACUGCAGCGAGUUCCUUUUUACCAGGAUCUGGAGCUUUGUAUCUCUCUGUCGGUGGGAUGUUACUGUUUGUCUUGACUUUUGCAUUGGGUGCUGGUCCAGUCCCAGGUCUCCUCCUACCUGAAAUUUUUCCCAGCAGAAUUCGAGCAAAGGCUAUGGCUGUCUGUCUAUCUGUACAUUGGGUUUUAAAUUUCUUUGUGGGAUUACUGUUCUUGCGUUUGCUGGAAGUACUUGGGCCACAAUUUUUGUACUCAAUCUUUGCCACUUUUUGUUUGAUGGCUGUGGUUUUUGUGAAGAGGAAUGUUAUGGAAACCAAAGGAAAAUCACUCCAAGAAAUUGAGAUAACACUUCUUCCACAAGACUAAGGUAGGAUCAGAUGGACAUUUUUGAAAUGGGAUUCUCAUGUCCGUUUUAGCCUGGUCUGUUUGAAUUGCUAUCUUUGUUUAAAUUAGUCCAGGUGAUAAUAUAUUCACAGAUUUUGGCGGAGGAGACAAGUUUGCUGCUAAGCUAUUUGUUAAUUAGGUGAUAAGUGAAUGGGUUGGGCUGGUGUAAAUUCUAGAGAGGUUUUUUGUGGGAAUAUGUUGGAGAGCAACAUGAUGUCAUUGCAACCUUCCAUCUUAACAUAGUAUUAAUAGAUGGA